AUGAUAAAAGAAAAAGUGAUUUUAAGAAGUGAAGUUUAUCAUGUCUAUUCAUCUGAACAAUAGGAAAGAAUGAAAGUGUAUUUCGACCUGUCAGAAAAGUAUCAAAAAUGUCUGGAACCUUGUUAAAAGUUAGUUGAGGGUGAGGUUUGCAAAUAAAAUUGCGAGAAGGUGUUUGAAGAUUACACGAAAUUACUUUAGCAUCGCUAUGAGGGAGACAAAAAACAAUUAAUUGAUGCGAAAGUUUCUGGAUUACCCACUUUUGAUAGUUUCAAAAGAAAGGACAGGGGCUUCUUUUACAAGGUGUUUGGGUUUAACUUCAGCGAAUUUUGGGAACCUGAUCAAAGACAAAUCAAGUAAAUCUGA